AGGAGGAGAGUCUCUGUCCGUCCGCUGUCCGCUGUCCGGAGCGACGGGCACCGGGUGUCCGCGAUCCCCGGCUCUAGCGGCGGCUGCAGCCCGGCCAUGGACUCCGGUAGCGGCAACGGCCCGGACUGAGCCCCCCUCCCCCGGCUCCGUCUCACCGCCAGGCCCAGGCUGGCCGGCCUUUGUCUACAGGGCCUGUACACUAAGCGCUGGACAGCGGGCACUCUUCAUUCACCACAGGCCGCUAGCUACAAGGCUCUGCAGCCGCCCUCAGGCCGCGGGUCAGUCCCCAUGGGCUCCAUGAGCGGGUGUCGCUGUCAGUGGCAUGUUUGAAUCUUGAUGGACCGUGGAUUUUCAUUAGUUAUUUCCUCCCACACCUCUUCAUGUCAUGUUUGUAUUAUAAAUAAAGGUAAGGGGAGAUUAGAAUGAGCAGACUGGAAGACCUCACGGCCCCUGACAGCGAGGCGGUCAGUUUAAUGCAGUGUGUACAUGGGGUUGAGAUGAAUGAACAAGGAUUGGAAAAUGAUCAAGUAAGUGUGGAGAAUAUUGUGACUGAGGUUGGUGAUGAUGUUGGCUCGCUGGAAAACCUCCCCGGCACCAACGAUGCCUUUGCAGGGAAUGUGGCUGAAGAUGUUUACGGUGACGAGGCCUGUGCGCUUAUAGUAAAUGAAGAUGCUAACGGUGAACAGACAAGCGUGGACUUGAAAAACACAACGACAGAAGAAGUCAAGGUUGCGGUUGGUGCCGUGCACUUGCCCAACUUAAAUGCUGAUUCUGAUAACAAUUGGAUUGCAGAUGAUGCAAAAAACUUCAGUUCAGGAACGGACAAUGUGGAGGAGACAUCAGACGUUGAGGAAGACGAUGACCACUGCCAGAUUCAAUUGCUUUCUGCUCAACUGCGUCAACUUGAGCAAAGUGCAGUGAUUUUGCAGAACAAAGGCAAGCUGUCUCUCAGAUCACCAGCGGAUGAAGAAGGGGUGGAUUCAUUAACUGUCGAUGGUGACGGGCAACAGUUUGCUGUUAUUAACCAUCAAAAUAUUUUAACUGACAUCAGGCAUGAACAUUCAGAGUGGCCCGGUGAAAAACUGAGGAGUUUUAAUGUAAAUGUAAUGGAAGAUCUGAACGAACUGACUGAAGAUGGAUGUCCAGGAAGCAUUUCUGGUUUUAAUGGCCAUGCAGAGACCAAUGUUCAGGAUCAACUCACACCAGCAGAAACUGAAAGAAAACAAACAAUUGCCCAAGAAUGGCCAGAAGAUUCAUCUGUACAUGACUUUGGCCAAGUUAAGGUGGUCACUGAAGCUCUGCGCCUUGACCAGCCGUCUCCUGAUUUAUAUGCAGACGAUGAUGUGGCGAUGGAGGAUUUUUCUCUAGUUGGCAAGCUCUUAUUUAAGCAGAUGUUGCUGAAGGAAGACUGGAAGAAAGAAGGAGAAGCCUUGUCUCUGGCAGUGAAGGAACUGAAAGAGGAGGUUGAGUGUAUUAGCAAAACCUUUCUGCCUGAGGAUGACCCUGAGCACGUGGAUGUAUCGAGUCAAGGUGCUUGUCAUAAAAAAGACGCUGUCCGCGAGCAAAAUCGAGAGACGAAGAAGACAUUUUCUUUCCCUGCAUUUAAGGAAGUGAUGGGCCCGUGCGAGUCCGAGGAUCUGCUGGAUGGAAUCAUAUUUGCUGCCAGUUACCUUGGAUCAACCCAGCUAUUCUCCGACAAAAACCCAUCGACCAAUGUGCGAAUGUCACAAGCGCAGGAAGCAGUGGGGAGAAUAAAGGCCCCAGAAGGAGAGUCGCAACCAAUGACUGGAGUCGAUCUGUUCAUAUCGACACAACGCAUUAAAGUGUUGAACGCAGAAACACAGGAAGCUCUGAUGGACCACCCUCUUCAGACCAUCUCAUACAUUGCAGACAUUGACACAACAAUAGUGUUCAUGGCUCGGCGGCGACUGCCACGGAAACCUCCCGACCAAGAGACUGGGAGCUCUGCAGCAGGGAAACGAGAGUACAAGAUGAUCUGCCAUGUCUUUGAGUCUGAAGACGCAUCUCUCAUCGCACAGGCCAUAGGCCAAGCGUUCACUGUGGCAUACCAGCAGUUUUUGAACGCCAAUGGUAUCAACCCUGCGGACCUGAGUCCCACAGAGUACAACGAUUUACUCGACACCGAGUUCUACAACGGGGACCUUGUACACUUUUCCAAAUCUGAGAACUCGAAAGAGGUCCGUAUUGAUAAGGGGAAAGGCGAGAUCCUUGGCCUUGUGAUCGUGGAGUCGGGCUGGGGCUCCCUCCUCCCCACUGUGGUGGUAGCCAACCUCAUGCACGGCGGGCCGGCAGAGCGGUCGGGAGAGCUGAACAUCGGGGAUCAGAUCAUCUCUGUGAACGGCACCAGCUUAGUUGGCCUGCCCCUUGCUACCUGCCAGGGCAUAAUCAAGGACUUGAAACAUCAGCCUGAAGUGAAGCUCAAUAUUGUGCGCUGUCCCCCCGUCACCACGGCAAUCAUCAAACGACCAGACCUGAAACUUCAGCUGGGAUUUAGUGUUCAGGAUGGCAUUAUCUACAGCCUCAUGAGAGGUGGCAUUGCAGAACGAGGUGGAAUUCGAGUUGGACACAGAAUCAUUGAAAUAAACGGUCAGAGUGUUGUUGCAAUCCCUCACGAAAAGAUUGUGCAGAGACUGUCAAACGCCACUGGUGAGAUUCACAUAAAGACGAUGCCGGCUGCAACGUACCGAUUACUAACUGGCCAAGAGCAGCCUAUAUACCUAUAAAGACAAAGUCUCACCACUAGCCAGCUAUGGGUUCCAUGUUGACACUGCCUGCUUCGUUUGUGCCUCAACAGUAUUGCGACACCAGUGUCGAAGAUGACUUAACACGGCCUCACCACCUGCACCAACACCACCUGUCAGCUGGCGUUGAGAGCUGCAGCAUCACGUCAUGGCAGGGUGCGAGGGAGAAGCAGGCUGACCUUGGGUGUCGGCUUGGCUGCCCUUCCACUCAUGCAGGGCCAAGAAGAUUUUGCACAUAACCUCCUCCAUAUCACCAGCUCAAACUAGAUGUCUCAUCACAUCUGCUCAGAUAUUUUAUUUAAGAAGAAACUCAUUGAACUUAUUUUAAUAAUGGCAAGGGCAUAACUUUAAUAAUUUUAACCAAUUAAAAAAAAAAAUCACGAAUGGAUAUUUCGAUUCAGCGGACCAGUGUGUUGUGCCGAGAAUGUUGUGAGGAUUAUGGAAGGGGGGGGUGGGGGGGGGAAUAUGUUACACACAUUGAUCAUAGACACGAUGAGACUGUCGGCCUGAAUCUUGGUCUGAAGGCUGUUGUGCAUGGUUUGUUACAGGUGCCUUUUCAUCCCGUGACAAGCUGACAUUGGGACCUUGUGUUUGGCUGUUGUUCUCCAAUGUUGCUCCACGCAUACCAAACGCAGUUUGCUACAUUCUCUACAGCUCUAUCUCCAAAACAUGGCGGCAGUAUUUUGUGUCUCUGCGCAAGGAGAUGGAAAAUCAGUCUGGAGUUGCUUGAUUCUUGCAGAGACGUGCAUGCGUAAUCAGUCAGCAAGGAAAUACAUUGGGCUCGUUGGAAUCGUGGAGAAUCCGAGGCUGCCACACUUGCCUUUGUGCCUUGAAAACUACCAUUAGGAUGGAACUGCAGAUGCUGGAAAUUCGAAGGUAGACAAAAACGCUGGAGAAACUCAGCGGGUGAGGCAGCAUCUAUGGAGCGAAGGAAAUAGGUGACGUUUCGGGUCGAGACCCUUCUUCAGACUGAUGUGAGGGUGGGGGGGGGGGGCGGGAAGAAGAAAGGAAGAGGCGGAGACAGUGGGCUGAGGGAGAGCUGGGAAGGGGAGGAGAAAGCAGGGACUACCUGAAAUUGGAGAUGUCAAUGUUCAUACCACUGGUGUGUAAACUACCCAAGCGAAAUACGAGGUGCUGCUCCUCCAAUUUACGGUGGGCCUCACUCUGGCCAAGGAGGAGGCCCAGGAUACAGGAAGGUCAGAUUCGGAAUGGGAGGGGGAGUUGAAAUGCUAGCCAUCAUUGCCAUGCCUGGUAGACAAAAAAUGCUGGAGAAACUCAGCGGGUGUGGCAGCAUCUAUGGAGCGAAGGAAAUGGGCAACGUUUCGGGCCAAAACCGAAGGAAAUAGGCAACGUUUUGGGCCGAAACCCAAGGGUUUCGGCCCGAAACGUUGCCUAUUUCCUUCGCUCCAUACUCCUUUUCUCCAUAGAUGCCGCCUCACCCGCUGAGUUUCUCCAGCAUUUUUUGUCUACUUUUGAUUUUUACAGCAUCUGCAGUUCCUUCUUAAACAUUGCCAUGCCUGGAGUGUUUUUUCAGGGAAUAUAACUGGAUAAAAUCCAUGCAGUAGUGUUUUGUAUGGACGUGAAGAUUAGCUGAGGUGUUGCUCUAGGUUCAUCUGUCGGCCAAUACCAAUUUGUUGCUCUCUGCUGAGACCUUCAGGGUUGGUUUGUUAGUUUAUUUGAGAUCAUUGCUCCUAGGUUAAGGGAGAGUGCAUUAGCCAGUCCAGGGGGCUAGACAAACAAAAGCUGGAGUAAUUCAGUUGGACAUCUCAUGCUGGAGUAACUCAGCAUCUCUGGAGAGAAGGAAUGGGUUGAUAUUUUUGGGUGAAAUGCAGGGUCUCGACACGAAACGUCCCCCGUUCCUUCUCUCCAGCGAUGUUGCCCGUCCCGCUGAGUUACUCCAGCUUUUUUGCGCCUAUCUUCAGUUUAAACCAGCGUCUGCAGUUCCUUCUUGCACCAUCAGUCCAGGGCCUUGCCACAUGAUCAUUAUCGCAUGGGAUUUUUUUGAAAAUGCAUGUGGGCCAAAGAUAUCCCUGCACCAGGUUGUGUGUGCAUGGAAAUGCACUGCAGCAGGUAUUGCUGUGCUCAGGCUGGGAAGGCACAGUGCAGCUUUCUCCGUUGCUCAGUAUCUGGGUGGAUGUAGUGCUUAUUCAUACAGGUUGCCUUUCCUGCAUGGGUCUGCUACUGAAUUCUUCCAAAGGAAUGUGCUUUUGACAUCUGACGUUUAGUUAAUGGAAGUGCAAGCACCUGGUCCAAUUUUGUAACGUCACGCCUUCUUUGGUGCCCGUUAAUGCCUUUCAUUGCAAUAAAGUUACUGUGGCAUAAAUGCAUUAAUUUAGUAAAAUAAUGGAUGGCUUGGUGUUCCACAUUGCUACUGAAAACAACGUUCUCAACAUGCUGGAAUUCUGAAAUUAAAAACAAAUUGGUGGAACAGU